CCCAACUGUCAUUAACUGCUUUUCCAUUCGAAAAAUGGAACUUCUUGCAUCCACUUCAUCCGCAUCGGACCACCACCACCGCACGCAACCCUUAACUGAGCGCGUAAUCCGAGCCCUCCACCCCCGGCUUCGCCUCCUCCAUAGGUCAGAUUCCAUGUUCUUCGUAUUAGGUUCAACAGGAAAUGUCUACACUGUGAACUUAUGUGCCACCUCAUCAUGUACUUGCCCUGAUCGAAAUUAUCGGACGACCCCUUGCAAGCACAUUCUAUUCGUUCUAAUCCGCGCGUUGGGUGUUCGACUCGACGAUUCUUGCCUCUGGAGGAGGACUCUUCGGCCAUGCCAACUCAAUCGCCUACUGAAUUUGCCUACAUUAACUGAAGCCUUAGCCAGCGCCACCCUCUGUGAGAAAUUUCACCGGCUGUUUUUCAAGGCCCGGCCGAGCGGUUCUCAGACACCGGUGGUGGUGGAAGAUGGGAGUAUUUGUCCAGUUUGUUUGGAAGAAAUGGGAAAAGAGGAUAAGAUGGUGGCUUGUGGGACUUGCAGAAAUACAAUUCACGAGGAGUGUUUCUUGGCAUGGAAGAGAAGUGGUGGCCGAAGAAAAUCCACGACCUGCGUGCUCUGCCGUGCGCGGUGGAGAGAGGGAGCAAAUCAAGAAAAAUAUUUGAAUCUCUCAGCUUAUGUUAUUGAAGAUGACACAGUGGAGGGUGAGGGAACAUGUUGUUUAAGUAGAAAGCUACAAUCUUCUGCGUGCUACUCAUCUUCUGGCAUAUGGGUCUCGGUAAAUGAAUGGCUAGAAUGCAAUUCCAAUAGAAAGAUUUUGACUUUCCCUCCUCUACGUAUGGGUAGACUUUCAUGCAAAAUUGCUGGAAGAAAGAAAUGCAUCUUACAUGCAGACUGCCCAAGGUGCUAAGAAGAUGAAGCUGUAUUCAAAAAUUGGGAAGGAGGUCGUAUGUGCGUAAGUUAGUUUCUACAACCUUUCCACAAUGUGAUAUGACAGAUUAUAAUUACUAGCCUAUGUUUGGAAGGACCCAGAAGAUAUACAACACAACAUUAUACAAACACACAGAAUUAGAAUCAUUAAGGCACCAUAACCAAUGUAGUAAGCACUCAGAAUUGAACUAACUCUCAGGUUUACUUUUAUGGGCUGUUGUUUUUUUGUAACAGACUGUUUGAAGCAGUAGCAGAUUUGAGACUGAUGGUAGGUUACCUUGAUGGUUGGCCAGGAACACUGGUCAUGCUGGUAGUGUACCCAAAACAAGGGUCUUGCUUUCUCUUUUACACCCUUUAGGCUCUUCAUUUGACAUCUAUCACUAGUUUCUAAUUUUGAAGCCAUCACCUGAUUUAGAAUGCAAUGAACAUUGAACAAUAAUGAAACUUGAGAAGAAAGUAAGAGAAAGAGAGAAGAAAG